AUGUCCAUGGUGUCACCUGACAUGGGUCUGGUCAGCAUGGUCCGCCAAGGGAUUCUGGCCCUUCAGCUGCUGCCCCCUAACUCCAGUGCAGCAGCCUCCCUGAAGACCUACCAGUCUGUGCAUGCAAAGCAGUCCUGCAGUACAGAGUCGCUGUUGCUGGGCCACACGGUGAUGAUCUUCUGUGUGGGUCUGAAAGAUCUCAGCAGGGGAAUCAUUAUAAUCACAGAUGGAGUGAUGAGUGUUCCUGAUGUGGCAGUGUGUGAAACCCUGCUGAAUCAACUCAGGAGUGGAACCAUCGCAUGUUCCUUUGUGCAGGUUGGUGGGACAUAUUCGUAUGAUUGUAGUUUUGGCUACAUCCCAAACGUGGAGCUGAUGAAGUUCAUAUCAUUAGCCACAUUUGGGACUUACCUUUCAAACUGUCCUGAAGUAGACGAGAACAGCCAGGACAUGAAUGUUUACCACAAGGCCUUCUUGACCUACUCAUUUCUGAAGACCCCUGAGUCUCUGAACUCUGAGUACUUCUAUGUUUCCCAGGACAAAUUGUUCAAUGAACAUUUGGUUUCAGCCAGUGGUAACCCUGCACUGGCCAUGAGGAGGAAGAAGCACACAGAAAAAGAAGUCCACGCUCAUCUGAUCAGUGUGGUUUCAGUACGAUUGAGAGAGGGCUACACCAUCAGAGACAUCAGCCUCACAAAAGGUGGGACGCAGUUAGAGUUAAAGUUGGUUCUGUUGUGGAAACACAACAUGCACAUUGAGUACCUUGCAGCUGCUUCCUGGCCUCUGGAUCCAUCCAACAGAAUCACAAGGGUGGAGGUGACAAUGGAGGGCAGUUAUGACAUUCUGCAUGACAUCAGCUGCACUCAGAGGAAGCCCAUCACCAGUCCGUAUCGGACCUCUGUCAUUCGUCGCUUCUGGAACACACUUCAGAGCAUAAACCAGACUGAUCAGAUGUUGGUGCACCUCCAGUCGUUCAAUUCAAUUCCUGAGAACUACACAAUCCCAGAGAGCACCAAGAACGGAGUGCCCCUCUUCUACAUUCCUCCUGGUUCUACAACCCCGGUUUUGUCUCUUCAGCACAGCGGAUCCAAAGACUCAUCUCAGUCCCAGUUUGCUUUGUACUGGAAACCUAUACUAUCCAUGGAUACCAACUUCUGGCAGAGAUGGCUCCACAUGCAUCGCAUUACAGUCAUCCUGGAACACGAUUUACCUGUUCCCAAACACUUGCAUACAGCUGGAAACAACGGUCGUUACAGCACCAUUCAGUGUCGCAUUUCCCACUCUGCGCUCACAUCCUUGCUGAAGGACUGCAGCAGCUUUGUGCUGGUGGAAGGUUACUCGUAUGUCAAACUCAUAUACAGUUUGUCUGAGCAGAUUCCCACCUCCUUCUACUUGGUCCGUUUCAUCUCGAAGACACCCUGCAUAAUUCUACGUUUGGGCUUCCCUAUAGGUACACCAGCCAAUGUUAGAAACAAGAUUGUGGAUGAGCUGCGAGAGCAGAUCCUCAAGCUUCGCUUCCCUCAUCGUGUUCAAAACAAAGAAGCAACACCAAAGACUAAGCGGAAAAACGUCAGCCAUAUAUCUCCGUCCAAAUCUCUGUGUGUCGCUGCUGCCAAGCCCACUCUGUCAGACCGACCCUGCGUGGUGGUGCUCAAUAAGCCUUUAGAAAAGCUGCUCAUAAGUUUGUUGUGA